AUGAAGAAAUGGUUGCCCAAUAUUAGUGACUUUGGCUUAGAAAAAAUCAUUUCUGCAGACAUGCUUAACUAUUCUGGAAAUCAAUUCAGCUCCCUUGGAUUAAGAGGAACUAUUGGUUAUGCACCACCAGAAUAUGGCAUUGGAAGCGAAUUAUCAAUGAAAAGUGAUGUGUAUAGCUAUGGCAUCCUCUUGCUAGAGAUAUUAACAGGGAAAAGGCCGACUAGUGAAAAGUUUAAAGAAGGUGAAAGUCUUCACAACUUUGUUAAGGAAGUUUUUCCUGAACGAGUAACUGACAUUAUAGAUCCAAUUGUUCUGGGAAAGAGUAUUAGAAAAGGAACAAUAGGUGACAUUUCUCUCAGUAGAAACAACCUGGUAAAUAACAGACAUCUUCAAUGCCUGAAUUCGACACUCGAGACAGGACUCACUUGUUCUUCUAAUUCACCGAGUGAGCAGAUUGACAUGAGUAAUGUUGUUAAUAAGCUUUGUUCCAUUAGAGACGAGCUUCAACAAACUCAAUCACGUCAAGUUCAAAUUAAAUAUGCUGCUUAA